GAAUCGGAUGAUUCAUACUUGGUCCUGGUGUUUCGCAUGGAUAAUAGAGGCCUAGACUGGACUUUCAAACUAGAGCACCAUCCUGAAAUUUCCUUGGUUUGGUUCUAUGUUUGAUGAGUUGCUUCACUGCUUAGGAGUUCUCUUAAACUGUCAGCAGAGUAAUCCCUUUACUCACAUUAGAGACAAAAAUGGCCUCAUUACCAAUCUUGUUUCAGGUCUUCAAUUACCAAGUGAAGAGAUUCGGGGAGAAAUUCUGUUUGUUCUGUACAAAGUAUCUGCUCUCCACUAUGCAUCAGAGGAUGCUGAUGGAUCUGAUCUUUUAUUUUCCUUUUGCCCCAAGCUAGUGCGCCUGUCUCUGGAGGCCCUCAUGAAGACCCAAAGUGAUGACGUCCGCUUGAAUUGUAUACGUUUGUUUUCAACCUCUUUUAUACUUUUAUAUUUGUCCCUCAAAAGUUGAGUCCUUCUGUUUGCUUACCCCGUAUCUAAAGCAUAGUUCAUGAGUGGUGCUUAGAACUUAGUUCUGCCCUUACAUUUAUUUGUUGAAGAAAGAAAGUCAAGAAACUAGUUAUAUGAUGAGCAUAGUUCUUAAUUGCCAACC